AUGUCGUAAUGGCGAGUGCGUCUAUUCCACAUAUUUGAUGUCGCGAUAAAGUUAGGGCGUACGCGUCCACCUUAUCGGUUAUCUUGCCGCGACUCCAACGCUCGCGGGCUUCUCGGCGAGCCGUCGUGUCCCUCCAGGCUCGGCCCUCGAACGCGAAACGCGACCGUAUCAUUGCCAAAGGUCGCGACGUGCCGACGCGCCGCGUACGUGAAUCAUAUCCCCGAGAUAUGGAGAGGUGCGACUCCAAUAACACGCGAUAAUCGCGUCGCCCACGUCGAUCCCACGACACACGCUACAUUCCGAAGCACGUGCGACGGCAUAUCGCACGCCUCGCCGACGAACGGGCGAACAAGAAAGUUUGGCGUGAUCUCGCCAUUGACGCGUAAAUCCUUGAUACAUAUCCGCGUGUGCUUCGCGCAUUUCUUCGCGUGUAAUAUGAAAUCGGAGCAAGUAUGAAAGUAACCGUGUGCUUCGACAACGUCAGGGUGGUGGUCCCGUGCGGAGAUGGAACCUUGCUGGUCAAGGAUCUGAUGCACGAGGCCAUCCUGAGAUACAAAAAGGCCACUGGCAAGAGUGAUAACACUCUGACCAUCAACAGCCUGUCCUCCCUGACUGGAGGCGGCCUGCUGGACCCGGACGACAGAUUGUGCGACGUAGCCGACGACAGAGAGCAGAUCGUGGCUCAUUUCGCCAGCUCCGAUGUCAAUCACGUUGGUGGGGAUGGCGCAAGCUCGGUUGGCACCAACAGUCCCGACUUUUUCCAUAGAGACGGCAAGGAGCAAGCUUAUUCUGAUAUCCAUUCCUCAAUGUCCACUAGUAUUAAGAGAGAAAGCACCAAGCGUUUGUCGAUGCACGCAUUGUCUACGAGGGAGCCUUCUCUCACAACGUACUCUGCUCAAUCCCUACCCAGGGAGUCCCGACGUAGGGAACCUUUAGGUCAAGAUUCCAAGGCUUUAUAUGAAUUUGGUAAUAACAUUGAAUCUAGAAAUCAAGAGGUGCGAGAGAUAGUGAUAAAAAAUGAGGCAGGGCCACUGGGACUCCACGUGGUGCCAUGUUACGACUUACUAGGCAACGAUCAAGGACUCAGGGUUGAAGGUAUCGAACCGAAUGGCCGCAUUGCCAGGGACGGGCAAAUCGACUUGCAUGACAAUAUUAUAAAAAUCAAUGGUCACAAUUUGUUGCACAUACCAUUUUCCAAGGUCCAAGAGAUCUUUAGGACAUGCAUGAAUGAUCCUUGUUUAAAAAUAUCUGUUGUUAAACAUAAGAAGAAGGCGAGGAGCGAGAAAUCUUUGCAUAAAAAUCAUGGAAACACCAGCGGUGGAUCGGAGAAGACAGAAGGCGACGAGAACGUUAAAAGACUCCAAUGUAGCAACUACAAUCUUCUGCAGACUGCAAACACUAGAAAAAUUGGACGGAUGAUAGAAAUAGAAUUAGUAAAAGGGAGUAAUGGCUUAGGAUUCAGUGUCACCACACGUGAUAAUCCUGCUGGAGGACACUGUCCCAUAUAUAUUAAAAAUAUCUUACCAAAAGGUGCUGCGGUGGAAGAUGGCAGAUUGAGACCAGGUGAUAGGUUGCUAGAGGUAAAUAAUAAGGAAAUGACUGGCAAAAGCCAGUCGGAAGUCGUGGCACUGCUCAGAAGUAUUCCUGCUGGUGGUAAAGUAAGGAUGAUGGUAUCGCGUCAAGAGGAGAUUUCUUCAAACAUUCCAGAUUCUCAGGGUAUAGCGACAUCUGCUCCCCCAGCUGCUGAAGUAAUGGAUAAUUCGAAAUACUGGAAUGCAUUAAAUAGAUCACCGACGAAAAAGAAUGAGAUACAUGAUAAAGUGAACACUCAGAGUUAUGAGAAGUGCACGUAUAAACCGGUUAAAGCUUCCGAGGAAGUCGUCUUAUCUCCACGGAAGAAUCGCGUGAUAAUGAACUUAGAUAUACCGGUACACGAUUCCGAGAAGGCUGGUCUAGGCGUCAGUGUUAAAGGCAAGACCAACAGUUCCGAUGAUAACACCAAUAUGGACUUAGGUAUUUUUAUAAAGAGUGUUAUCCACGGGGGUGCAGCAUCCAGGGACGGUCGCUUGCGGACCAAUGAUCAAUUGCUCAGAGUUAACGGCGUAUCUUUGCUGGGAUUGUCUAAUGCUGACGCGAUGGAGACUUUAAGGAGGGCGAUGCUCAACACAGACAGCUCAUUAACUGGUGUGAUUAAUCUUAUAAUAGCUAGGAGGGUGUCAUCAUAUGACACAAGUGAGAAAAAUACUGUAGAUAAUUUACAAUCUCACCAUAAGCCGGAAUCCAUUAGCAGCAUAUACAUAUCAGAUUCUACGAAAAUGAAUGAGGGUAUAGUCAAAGAGAAAAACACUUUGAAUUCUCAAACCGACGUAUUGGAUAAUGGAGGAUUAUUGUCUUGCGUAACAGCUUCACCAUGGAAUCCUGUCAUUGAUAGACUAACGGAGCAAUAUAGCAAGAAUAGCUUGAGGAACGAAAGUUAUUGCCUUGCUACCAAUAAGACAUGGAUAGAGCCUAUCAAUAAUGUAAAGAAAAUUAUAGGAUCGCGCGAUGAUCGAAUUGAAGCAGUAUUGUUAGAAGAAUCUAAUAAUGACGGUUCUCAAGGAAACGACGUCAAACGAAAUACCGAGGAUAAGGACAGCCAGUAUUCCGGAGAUCCUACGUACGACAGUCAGUUAUCUUUGGAAGAAUUGAAUUCUUCGUCAAAUAAGUUUUCUCGCGAUGCUCUUGGCAGACAGAGCAUGUCUGAGAAACGACACGCUGCGCUUGAUGCAAAAAACACGGAUACUUAUAAGAGAAAUAAAAAGUUGCGUGAAGGUAGAGAAAAUAAGAACGCGGAGCAAACCAACCAGAAAUCGAUCAACCAGACGAGUAAUCACUCAAGCGACUUGGGAGAUUAUUCGAAGAGGAGCGGCAAAUCGAACAACUUUGAGAAACAUACAAGUAAAGGAGCCUUAGCUGGAAAUACAAGUACCGAUAAUAAUGUGAAACACUAUGAAAAGUCUGUUGAUGUUGCUCAAUCAGAAUAUAUGUACACUAUACCCGGAUGCAACAAUAAGUUUCUUUCGCCGAAGAAGCAUUGGCUCGUAGACGAUGUGCAUAGCGAAGUUACGAGUAGCAAUAAUAUCAAAGACGAACGAGAAGGUUUCUCGAACAGUCGCGGGGAUGUAAAACAGGCUUCUCUCAAUUCAGCAUUAGAUGAUCGAUAUAAGCGGAAGAAAAACGGCCUUCGAUCGAUACUCCGAUUGAAUAGGAAUAGAAAAUCACUUAAUUUUGGAGACAGUAUAGAAGCAAGGCACGAAACUAGUAAUUACUGCAGCGGAAGGAUCAGUUAUAUCGCAUAAAUGCAAAGACAAUAUAAAUGCAAAAAUUCUACAUAAGUAAAUUAUAUAUACAUAUACACAUCACGCAUCUGCAAAUAUAUACACAUUUUUGCAUAUAUAU